AGCGGCUCUUUCUCGACCCCUCUAUUGACAAACGCCAUAAUAUGCGACCGAAGAUGGCGCGACUUGAUCCUCCAACUAAUACACUGUGGCUUUUACUGACUGCGCAUCUUGCGUGAUAGCUUGUUGGCGUGCGACUCGAGUGAUUUACAUACAAGCAACAUGCAGGUAACUUCAAGCGCGACUACGGAGCCGGCGGGUGUAAAGUCGAAGAAAGUAUGGACAACUCUUAUUACCAACACAGCAUAUCUCACCGGCCUUCUCACACUCGACUACGCGCUCAAGAAGCACGGCUCCAAGUACCCCCUCAUCGCUCUCUACACGGACACCUUUCCUGAAGAAGGCCACAAGGCGCUUGAUGAGCGCGGCAUACCAAAGCAGCAUGUCAAGUACUUGCUGCCAAAGGUGUCAAAAGACUUCAGCAACGACCCGCGAUUCUACGAUUGCUGGAGCAAGUUGACGCCCUUCUCGCUGGAGGAGUAUGACAGGGUGGUGCAGCUAGACAGCGACAUGUUGGUGCUGAAGAACAUGGAUGAGCUGAUGGACUUGGAGUUGGAUGCACCGAGUAUGGGUGGCAAGGGCGACAGGGUGUUUGCCGCAAGCCAUGCCUGCGUGUGCAAUCCGCUCAAGAAGCCGCAUUACCCCAAGGACUGGAUCCCCGAGAACUGCGCGUUUACAUCCCAACACUCCAACCCCGAUGCUGCCCAGAAAACUGGCGCACCCUCAACAGCCGGCCUGCGUAUGCCCAACGGCGGCCUCCAAGUCGUAAAUCCCUCACUCGCUACCUACAACCUGAUCCUCGAGCAGCUCUCCAACGAGACAUCGGGAAACUACGAUUUCGCCGACCAAUCGCUGCUUGGCGAUCUGUUCAACGGCCGAUGGGUCGCGCUACCCUAUACCUACAAUGCGCUGAAGACGUUGCGGUCAAAAGGUGUGCAUGAUGCGAUCUGGAGGGACGAAGAGGUCAAGAAUGUGCAUUACAUCUUAAGUCCGAAGCCGUGGGAUGAAGAGGCAGGGAAGUGCAGUCAGGAGAUACAUGAGUGGUGGUGGACGGUCAACAAUGAGAGGCGGCAGGCAGAGAAGAGCAAGGGUAUCGAUGAUGGAUUUUAGAGGUUUUCACAAUAUAGUGGGGUUGUUGCAUGUAUCAAUUGGGCGUAGACAGCUGUAGAGUAGUAGAGGUACACGUAGAGAUAGCUGAGUGGAGACUAUAACCCACGAAAAAAAAAAUAUUGAGUAGUCCAAGGGAAGGUGGUGUAUUCCACAAAUAGGACUGAACAGCUUAGGUAUCAUCUGAGACUUGCC